AUGUCAACAUCUCAACAAUACAAGAAUGUCAUCAUCGUCGGCGGCUCACUCGCCGGACUGAUGCAUGCUCUGACCUUGCUUUCCCUCCCCUCGCCACCCAAAGUCCUCAUCCUCGAACGUUCUCCCACAGCCCUUCUCCACAAUCAAGGGGCGGGAGUCGUAGCCGGGAAUGAAACCCAAGCCUUCUUCAAUGAAUAUGUACGACCGGGCAGAGAAAUCGCGAUCACCAGCACGCAGCGACAGUAUUUGAAACAUACCGGCGACGUCAUUGCCGAAAGUGUCGACAAGCGGCAGCAGCGGAUGACCUCCUGGGAUCUACUGUAUCAUCUCCUACGAUGGCGAGUGGAAGGACUGGAAAGUCCGUAUGUCAAAGGUCUGGAGUCAGACGAUCGACCGCAAGCGACCUACGAGAAUGGCUGCACCGUAACAGACAUCCAAGACGUCCCGGACGGCGUCAAAGUGACCUGGACUCACAAAGACAAAGGCGAGCAGACCGCCACUGCAAACCUCCUCAUCGGAGCGGACGGUGGAUCCUCAACUGUCCGUCGACUUCUCAAACCAGAUGUACAGAGAAAGUACGUCGGCUACGUCGGCUGGAGAGGAACCGUACCAGAGACAGAACUGUCCCCUUCCGCUCGCGAGACCUUCACCGAGAAGUUCACCUUCUAUCACACUCAAGGCAUUCAAGUCCUUGGCUAUCUCAUCCCACAUGAAGGCACGACCGAGCCUGGAAGUAGACUGUUCAACUGGGUUUGGUACAACAACUACAAAGAAGGCAGCCCCGAACUUGAAGAACUGAUGACGGACAUCCACGGCAAACGCCACGCCAUCACUCUUCCCGUCGACACGAUCAAGCCGGCUGUAUGGGAGAAGCAGAAGAUCUAUGCUGCGAAGAUCCUGCCGCCGCAAUUUGCUGAAGCGGUGAGCAAGACGGCGCAUCCGUUUGUGCAGGCUAUUACGGAUAAUGUUAGCGAUCAGAAUAAGUUCUUGGGCGGGAAGGUGUUGUUGGUGGGUGAUGCUCUGGCUGGCUUCAGACCUCAUACGGCGGCUUCGACGAGUCAGGCGGCGCAUGAUGCUUUGGAGAUGGGAAGGUGGUUGAAGGGCGAGACUGGGAGGGAAGAGUACGAUGCGUCGGUUCUGGAAUUCGCGAAGAGGGUGCAGAGAAGUGGCAUGGAGAUGGGCGAGAGGAGCCAAUAUGGGAAGCAUCCUUUUGCAGGCUGA